UCAGAAACUUCCUCCCCCUCUUUACAAAAACAGGCCCGCCCUGUUGGGCUCCCUCCUGGCCCUGUCCACUGGGCAUCCUCCUGCUACAGAGAAACCCGCCCACCCAGGGCCACUGACCCCACCCCCUGCCUUGAAAUUUAAAGCAGGCCAGAGCCGUGCAGGGAGAUUGGAGCUGAGGUCCUGCAAGAGCCCAGGGCUGAAGAGAAAGCUGUCUUGGAGGGAGGGAAGGAAGGCAAGCAGGGACGAAUUUAAGGUUCACUCUGAAGGAACAAUACAUACAAUGAAGAGAGAGCUGGUGUGCGUUCUGCUGCUUUUUGGAGCAGCCCUCUCCUUGUCCAGCCAGGAAAUCCACACCCGAUUCAGAAGAGGAGCCAGAUCUUACAGAGUGAGCUGCAGAGAUGAGAAGACGCAGACACUCUACCUGCAGAACGAGUCAUGGCUGCGCCCGGGCCUGCGGGGCAACCGCGUGGAGUACUGUCGCUGCGUGGGUGGCCGCCCACAGUGCCACUCUGUGCCCGUCCGAAGUUGCAGCGAACCCAGGUGCUUCAAUGGCGGGGUAUGCCGGCAGGCUCUCUACUUCUCAGAUUUUGUCUGCCAGUGUCCUGAAGGGUUUAUGGGGAAGCGCUGCGAAAUAGAUGCCAGUGUCACCUGCUACAAGGACCAGGGUAUCACCUAUAGGGGCACAUGGAGCACAGCGGAAAGCGGGGCCGAGUGUGUCAACUGGAACAGCAGCGCGCUGGCCUUGAAGCCGUACACUGGGAGGAGGCCCAACGCCGUCCAGCUGGGCCUUGGCAAUCACAAUUACUGCAGAAACCCCGACCGUGACUCGAGGCCCUGGUGCUACGUCUUCAAGGCAGGGAAGUACAGCAGUGAGUUCUGCAGCACGCCAGCCUGCCCCAAGGAAAAAAAUGAGGACUGCUACUUUGGAAAGGGGUUAGCAUACCGUGGCACAUACAGCCUCACUGCGUCUGGUACCUCCUGCCUCUACUGGAAUUCUGCAGCCCUAGCAGGCAAGGUCUACACAGCAUGGAAGAGCAAUUCUCAGGCGCUGGGCCUGGGCAACCACAAUUACUGCCGGAACCCAGAUGGGGAUGCCAAGCCUUGGUGUCACGUGCUGAAGGACCGCAAGUUGACGUGGGAAUACUGCGACGUCCCCCAGUGCUCCACCUGUGGUCUGAGACAGUACAAGCAGCCGCAGUUCCGCAUCAAAGGAGGGCUCUACACAGACAUCACCUCUCAUCCAUGGCAGGCCGCCAUCUUUGUCAAGAACAGGAGGUCACCAGGAGAGAGGUUUUUUUGUGGCGGAAUACUGAUCAGUUCCUGCUGGGUCCUAUCUGCUGCCCACUGCUUCCAGGAGAGGUACAAUCCCCACCACCUCAGGGUGGUUUUGGGCAGGACAUACCGCGAGGUCCCCGGAGAAGAGGAGCAGAAAUUUGAGGUUGAGAAAUACGUCAUCCAUGAGGAAUUUGAGGAUGACACUUACAACAAUGACAUUGUCCUGCUAAAACUGCAGUCGGACUCGCUACACUGCGCCCAGGAGAGCGACGCUGUCCGUGCCGUGUGUCUGCCCGAGGCCACCCUGCAGCUGCCCGACUGGACAGAGUGCGAGCUGUCUGGCUACGGCAAGCACGAGGCGUCUUCUCCUUUCUAUUCUGAGCGGCUGAAGGAGGCUCAUGUCAGGCUGUACCCAUCUAGCCGCUGCACUUCACAGCAUCUGUUUAACAAAACCAUCACCAAAAACAUGCUGUGCGCUGGAGACACGCGGAGCGGUGGGAACCAGGCAAACCUGCACGAUGCCUGCCAGGGGGACUCAGGCGGCCCCUUGGUGUGUAUGAAGGAUAACCGCAUGACUUUGGUUGGCAUCAUCAGUUGGGGCAUCGGCUGCGGGCAGAAAGACGUUCCUGGCAUAUAUACCAAGGUUACUAAUUACCUAGACUGGAUUCAAAACAAUAUGCGACCGUGACCAAGGACAUCCAAUUCCCUGAAAUCACGGGGAGACCCUGCUUCCUCUACUUCAGAAGACACACCGAGGCGAAGUGCUUUACAGAGCUGAGCCAUCACACAGUACAAGCGGGUGGUGGGGCAGGGGGAACCCAGAGGAGAGGGAGAGGAUAAGUUUUCAUAGGUACUUCCCAUUUUAGAAGUUUUCAGGGCUUAAGAUCUGAUUUCAGAAGAUAGUUUGGCAGCUGAGAAGACAGAUAAACACCAACCCCUCCAGGAAUACCAUCAUCUAAGGCAGAAGAGAGGGAGAAGAGAAGCCCAGCCUCCUGAUCUGUCACCACGAGAAGCUUUGGAAAUGGGACCACAAAGAUAAAAGCAUGUCUCAAUAGUAAAAAAGUAACGAGAUCCUUCAGGAAGGAAGGAUUGCAUUAGAAAUGGAAUGUCUAUUUAUAGUGACAAGGAAGCCCAACGGGGCCUCCUAAUAAGGGAUGGGCUGGCUGGCCAGAUCGCAUUCAACACCACCUUUUAAAUCAAGUAUUUGGCUUUUCCCUUUCUCCACUUUACAGCUCUUGGAAGGAAAUCUUUUUGUGUAUAGUGUAAAUCUUUUUUUCUAUAUAAACUUUAUAAUAAAACAGACUUGUAUCAUUUUAGUAACUGAUAAACUAGGCUUUAGUAUAUUUAUAUCAACCCAUUUUAAUUUUUAUUUUGUUGCCACACCCCUGUAUUACACUGUGUGGAAAUAAUAAAUUCAGAUUAUUUUCA